CUUCUCCACUGUGCCUUGCACUGAGCCCACCCAGCAAGAGGGGCAUGUCCUGACUUCACGCUCUUGAGAUGGCAGCUAUCGGGAGUUUCAGUGCCACCCACCCCGGCGACCCCCAGCCUGGAGACCUGAUCGAGAUCUUCCGGCCAGCUUACCAGCACUGGGCCCUCUACCUGGGGGACGGGUACAUCAUCAACGUGACGCCCGUAGAUGAAGGGCCCCCAGCCACGUUCGCCAGUGCCAAGUCAGUGUUCAGCAGAAAGGCCCGGGUGAGGAUGCAGCUCCUGAAGGAUGUGGUGGGAAAUGACACCUACCACAUCAACAACAAGUACGACGGCACCUACGCUCCCCUCCCGGUGCAGGAGAUCAUCCGGCGCGCUGAGUACCUCAUCGACCAGGAAGUGUCCUACGACCUGCUGGGCAACAACUGCGAGCACUUCGUGACGCUGCUCCGCUACGGCGAGGGGGUCUCCGACCAGGCCAACCGAGCAAUCGGUGCCAUUGGGUUUGUAACAGCUGCCGCUGGUGCCUUCUCCUUGCUGGGCUUGCUCCGGAGCAGAUCCAGAGAGAGACAGUACUGA